AUGCAAAGCAACUCGACCCAGGUAAACGCAGCGGUCCCUAUCACCGGCGAGGUCAAUGAUACAGUUAGUCAUAAGGAAGAUCAAAAGAGACGCUGGACCAAGAUUACAAAUCCCUUCAGAAGGAGAAGUAGACAAGAAACACCGGUGCCGAUAGAGAGACAACCUAGUCCGGAGCACAAGGCCGGUUUCUUCAGCCUCCUCACAUUUCAAUGGAUGGCCCCUUUCAUGCAACUCGGGUAUCAGAGACCACUCGAGCUGAACGACAUCUGGGACGUCAAUCCGCAGAGAAGUGUUCCCGUGAUGCAAACAAGACUGUUAGCUUCGUUCGAGAGAAGAAGGCAGAGUGGCGACAAGACGCCUUUGAGGAACGCGCUUUAUGAUACGUUUCAGAAAGAGUUUCUGCUCGGUGGCUUCUGUUCUUUCAUCGCGUCGCUCUUGCAGGUCCUCUCGCCCUUCACGCUGCAAUACCUCAUUCAGUUCGCCACGGACGCGUACGUGGCCUCUCAUGGCGGUUCCAAGGCUCCGGCCAUCUCCCACGGUAUAGCAUGGGCUAUCGGCAUCACUCUUCUGCAAAUUGUACAGACACUGUGCUUCAAUCAUUUCCUCUAUCGCGGCAUGAUAGUCGGAGGUCAAGCGCGCGCAGUCCUAAUCGCGCUCAUCUUUAACAAGGCCACUAAGCUGUCAGGCCGAGCAAGAGCAGGAGGCGUGUCCGUCGAGAUACCCCCACCUGGCAUGAAGCCGGGAAGUGAAGAGGAGAAGGAAUGGAUGCAAAAGAAUAUCAGCAGGAUCGAGGCCGCCACCGCGGUCCGACCAGGCUGGUCAAACGGGAGGAUCGUAAACUUGAUGUCUAUGGACACGAGCCGUGUCAACCAGGGCUCGAUAAUGAUUCAUUUUCUCUGGACAUCACCCAUCUCCAUCCUUCUGGCUUUGGCACUGCUGUUGGUGAACAUCACCUAUAGUGCCUUGCCAGGCUUUGCAUUACUCAUCAUCGUCGUGCCACUACUUGCAAGGGCAAUUAAGGUAAUGAUUGCAAGGCGCAAUACGAUCAACACAAUCACAGACCAGAGAGUAUCAUUUACACAAGAGAUGCUACACGGCGUGCAGUUUGUCAAGUAUUUUGGCUGGGAGUCGGCUUUUCUAGAUCGCCUAGCCGGAAUUCGAAAUCAAGAGAUUAGCCGUAUGCGGGUGGUGCUUGCUAUCCGCCACGUCAUUACCGCGGUCGGCACGUCCAUGUCGACUUUUGCGACGAUGUUGGCCUUCAUUACUUUUACGCUUUCAGGUCACGAGCUUACGUCAAGCCGCGUCUUCUCGUCCCUAUCACUCUUCGGCGUGUUGAGCAUGCCCCUGAACCAGUUCCCUCAGAUACUCGGGCACGUCACCGAUGCGGCACAAUCAAUCCUCCGAAUCGAGGAGUUCUUACUUGCCGAAGAAGCACAAGACCCAGUGAACUGGGAGUUCGAGAAUGAGAACGCCGUCAUCCUAGAAAACGCGAGCUUUACCUGGGAGCGGAACGCUACGAGGGAAAGUGACAUUGAUGAUUCGACGACUGAGAAGGCUGCUGCUACGGCGGAGCAGAAGAAGGUGAACAAGAAGAUGGGAGAACAUGCAAUGCACUAUGGUGGGGAAAGACAACAAUCAAAGGUGUCAGGAAAAUCGCCGACCAAUUCGGCACUGGAUAAAGAAGCUAUCAGAGGUGAAGGUGCUGAAGACCAGGCCUUCGGCCUCAGAGAUCUCAACCUCACUGUAGGACGUCACGAACUUGUUGCUGUUAUUGGUACUGUUGGGUCCGGCAAGAGCUCUCUUCUUUCGGCUCUAGCCGGAGAUAUGAGAAAGACGGGGGGGUCCAUCACGCUUGGGGCCUCUCGGGGAUUCUGUCCACAAUCUGCGUGGAUCCAGAAUGCAUCUGUCAAGGAGAACAUCAUCUUCGGAAGAAAAGACACUUCGACGUCGUCCAAGUCCGAGCAAGCCAGUAACAGCCGCUGGUAUAACGAUGUCCUCGAUGCUUGCGCCCUCCGGCCAGAUCUGGAUAUGUUUCCGUACGGGGACUUAACUGAGCUCGGCGAGCGUGGCAUUACGAUUUCGGGCGGUCAAAAACAACGGCUCAAUAUCGCCCGGGCGAUCUAUUGCGAUGCUGAUUUGAUUCUCAUGGAUGAUCCCUUGUCUGCGGUAGAUGCUCAUGUGGGUCGACACAUUAUGGAUAACGCUAUUUGUGGUCUUUUAAAGGACAAGUGUCGCAUUUUAGCAACGCAUCAGCUUCACGUACUUCACCGUUGUGACAGAAUCGUGUACGUGUCCGAAGGCCGGAUCAUCGCAGAUGGCACGUUCGAUCAUCUCAUGGCAAACAAUAGUUCCUUUCAACGUAUGAUGGCGUCUGUCGUACACGAAGACGGGCAAAGAGAACGCCAUGAAGGGGAAGACGAGGACAAAGCCGAGGAAAGUAAAAGCAAACAGAAGACAAUGAAAAAGAACCCACAGGCGGCGACCGCGCUCAUGCAGGCCGAAGAGCGUGUUGUCAAGAGCGCAGGCUGGUCCGUUUAUGCGGCCUACGUGCACGCGUCCGGGACCAUCCUCAACCUGCCUUUGAUGAUCAUCCUGCUUAUCGCUGCUCAAGGAUCUAAUGUCAGCACAAGCCUGUGGCUGUCGUGGUGGACAUCGAACAAGUUUGGCUUCCAUUUCGGGACAUAUAUCGGGAUCUACGUAGCCCUCGGAUUUAUUCAGAUCUGUUCCGCGUUAGCUUUUUAUAUACACCUAACCAGGGCUAGCACCAGCGCAUCUCGAGUCAUGUUACAAGCAGCAGUGACACGGGUGCUUCGCGCUCCCAUGUCCUUUUUUGACACGACACCCUUAGGCCGGAUCACGAACCGAUUCUCUAGAGACGUCGACAUUAUGGAUAACAACCUCUCCGACACUCUCCGCAACUUCUUAACCUCUAGUGGGCAGAUUGUUGCCGUUUUUAUCUUGGUAAUGGUUUAUUUUCCUUACUUUGCCGUCGCCCUCGCGGCGCUUACCAUUAUAUUUCUCUUGUCGGUGCAGUAUUACCGAUCCUCUGCUAGGGAACUAAAGAGACACGAUGCUCUGUUACGAAGCCAUGUCUUUACGCGCUUUGGGGAGGCAGUCUCUGGUAUUCCGACUAUUCGGGCCUAUGGACUGGAACAAGAGUUUACCGCAUCGGUAAACAAGGCGUUGGACGACAUGGACGGUGCAUAUUUCUUGACAUUUGCUAACCAAUGCUGGCUCUCGGUCCGCCUAGACGCCAUUGGAAACCUAAUGGUUCUUACCAUUGGGAUCCUGGUCGUGACAUCGCGACUAUCGGUCAAUCCAAGCAUCAGCGGUCUAGUGCUCUCAUGCAUCAUUUCCGUCGUGCAAUACCUUCAAUAUUCAGUUCGCCAGUUCGCUGAAGUGGAGAAUAACAUGAAUUCGACAGAACGGCUCCACUACUACGCAACGAAGCUUGAAGAAGAGGCCCCGCUUCACACUGCCAAUGUGCGUUCUACGUGGCCAGAGAGGGGUGAGAUUGUCUUUGAUGACGUGCAAAUGCGAUACCGGAAAGAUCUGCCGCUUAUCCUCUACGGCUUGAACAUACGUGUUGCGCCAGGUGAACGUGUGGGGAUCGUUGGUCGCACUGGAGCAGGUAAAUCCUCGAUCGUAUCGGCGCUCUUUCGGAUAGUCGAGCUAAGUGGUGGCACCAUUACUAUUGAUGGAAUAAACACCGCAACGUUAGGUCUUCACGACCUUCGCUCGCGUCUUGCUAUUAUACCUCAAGAACCGAUUCUCUUCCAGGGGACCAUCCGCAGCAACCUCGAUCCUUUCAAUAAGCAUACCGAUGCCGAGCUUUGGUCCGCCCUCAGCCAGGCUGACUUGGUUGACCAAGAUCGAGACAUGAAGGAUAAUUCCAAAGGCCGCCGCAUCCACCUCGAUGCACUUGUCGAGGAGGAAGGCGCCAACUUCUCGCUUGGUCAGCGCCAACUGAUGGCGCUGGCCAGGGCGCUCGUUAGACGCUCGCAGAUUAUCGUUUGCGAUGAGGCAACCUCGUCUGUGGACUUCGAGACCGACAAGCGGGUCCAGCGGACUAUCGCGCGCAGCUUCAAGGGCAAAACGCUCCUAUGCAUCGCUCACCGGCUGAAAACCGUCAUCGGAUACGACAAGAUUUGCGUCAUGGAUGCCGGCAAGAUCGUGGAGCUUGACCCACCCCUUGCGCUGUGGGAGAAAGGCGGCACCUUCAGGGCCAUGUGCGACCGUUCGGGCAUUGGACGCCAGGACUUCAAUAAUAGUGAUGAAGCUAGUUUCGCCAGCGAGUGA